AUGGUGAAGUCGGAAGAAUAUAAGAAAAAAGCUUUGGAGCGGAAAAUGAGAUUCAAAAAGCAAACAAUUCGCAAUCAGCAGUUCAAGAAGCGGCGAGAAAAUAAUUAUCAUCGCAAAUACCAGUACAAUCAAAAUGGAAAUCAACAACAAAAGGAGAAAACGACGAGUACAACUAUCAGGACUCGCGGAUUCUAUAGUAUUCUGCCAAUGGACGGAAUUGAUAAUAUUCCCCAAUGUUCACAUGGACCAUGCUUAUUAUUCAGCAAAAAGUGUGAAGAAGGACCAGAUGAAGUAUUUUUUGCUUGUGCCAUUUACAGAAAUAACGAAAAAUUGUGUGAUUUUAAAGCAUUUUACGAUCAAGAAAACGGAACAAUUAGAUGUGAAAAGGAUACGAGUUCUGAUAAUGAAUCAGAACCUUCAAAACCAAAAUUGAAAAGGAAGAAGAAAAAGGAACUGUUUGGAUAUAAUAAGAUCCCUAAAAGCCUUUCUGAGAUGAAGCCGGAUGAUGUUUGUCUGUAUUGCACUGAAUGUAUUAUGGUUUACGCGAAUAAACAUGAAUGUGUUUGUGAACCAAUCGACAGAGAAAAGUUGCAAUAUCCCACUCAACUUCUGCCUCCGCUUGAUGUGCAAAAUGGAGAAUCUCAAUUCUUCUUCUCUCAGCAAUCACUUGAUCUUAUUACAAAAUCAAUUCAAAAUUCCGGUGUUGAAGGUGUUUUGUGUAUUGCAGCUCCUCGGGUAUUUGAAACUAUCCGAGUUCGAUAUCCCGAAACGCCAGUUUUUCUUCUUGAUUUCGAUAAAAGAUUUGCUAAAUUUUUCCCGUCUCGGCAAUAUGCUCAAUAUAGUAUGCUAGUGGAUCAUUUUUAUGACAAAAAAUCUGAAGAGAAAUUGCUGAAUUUUUUCAAGGGUUGCGCGAGUGUCGUCGUCGUUGUUGAUCCGCCAUUCGGUGUAUUCAUGGAUCCUUUGCUCCAAUCAAUUGAGAAAAUGCGGAAACGAUUCGAAAGUGUUGGAAAUCCUCCAGAACAAUUAUUUACGACAUUGAUUGCGCCUCUUUUUAUCCGAAAACAUAUUUUGAAACAUGACGAAAAAAUGUGGAUGUCGGAUUACAGAGUAACCUAUGAAAAUCACAAAGUUUAUGGAAAUCCAGAACGAACGAUCGUCAGAAUAUUCACAAAUCUACCGAAGACAAGCAUUGAUCUGAAAGAUACCGACGGAUACAAAUUUUGUGAUACGUGUGAGAAAUAUGUAAUCAUGCACAACCAACAUUGCAAAUUUUGUGACAAUUGCACAUCUAUUGAAAAUGGCGUAUUCCAUCAUUGUCACAUUUGCAAAAAGUGUGUGAAACCGAAAUAUACGCAUUCAGCACUUGGCCUGGAUUCUGAUCUUAUUGAAAUCCAAAACCUUGCUCACGAUUUCGCCAAACGGGAAAUGUACCCUCAUAUGGCCGAAUGGGAUCAAAAGGGCGAGCUUCCAUUGGACGUUCUUAGAAAAGCGGGAGAAUUGGGGUUUGGAGCGAUUUAUUGUAAAACCGAUCAUGGUGGAUCUGAUUUGACAAGACUUCAUGCUUCUGUGAUCUUCGAGCAACUCUCCACGGGAUGCGUCUCCACUGCGGCCUACAUGAGCAUUCAUAACAUGUGUGCUUGGAUGCUUGAUACUUAUGGAUCCGAUGAGUUAAAAGAAACUUAUCUUCCUCGAAUUGCCGCAUUCGAAGACCUCUGCUCAUACUGUUUGACCGAACCCGAUGCUGGAUCCGAUGCAGCGAGCAUCCGAACCACUGCUCGACGUGAAGGCGACUAUUACGUUUUGAACGGAUCGAAAGCAUUUAUUAGCGGAGCCGGAACAUCGAAAAAUUAUUUUGUAAUGGUCCGAAAAGACGACGGACAACCAGGAGCAAAAGGAAUCUUCUGCAUUCUGGUAGAAGACGGAACCGAAGGUUUCAGUUAUGCAAAGAAAGAAAAUAAACUCGGAUGGAACUCGCAGCCAACUCGAAUUUUGACGUUUGAAGACUGCAAAGUACCCGCUAAAAAUGUGAUUGGAAAAGAAGGAAAUGGAUUCAAUAUUGCGAUGAAUGGUCUGAAUGGUGGACGUGUUAAUAUUGCGAGUUGUUCAUUGGGAGCCGCCCAAAUGAGUUUGGAUCUAGCCAUUGAGCAUUUAAAGGUCCGCAAACAAUUUGGAAAAACUUUGUCCGAAUUUCAAUACAAUCAAUUUCGACUAGCCGAAUUAGCCACAAAACUUUAUACUAGCAGAUUAAUUACUCGCGACGCUGCUCGACUUCUUGACCAUGGCUCCGAUGCGAAAGUGACCGCAUGUGCAAUGGCUAAAUAUCAUGCAACAGAAAACUGUUCCGAGGUUGUUAGCGGUGCUUUGCAAAUGUUCGGUGGCUAUGGAUUCCUUAAAGAUUACCCGAUUCAACAAUAUUUCCGAGAUAUUCGAGUGCAUCAGAUUCUCGAAGGAACAAAUGAAAUGAUGCGGCUCCUUAUUAGCCGUGAUCUCCUCUCCAAAGACAUUUACUGGAAACCAUAA